UGUGAUGGCGGAUGGGACGGACCUGUCCACAGUCUGUCUGUAGCCCUGACUCAUCUUACAUGUCACCUGUGAUUGCAACUAAUGGGUUAAUUUUUAUAAUGUAGUUAGUUCUGGAAAUGGGUAAUUGGGACACAGAGGCUUUGGUGUGGAGCACCCCCAUAUUUGCUGUGGUACUGCCCAGGAUAUCAUUGAGCAGUAUGGCAGAUGGCAUAGAUGAAGUUACAUGGUAGGAAGUAGUAGGAACCUGUACAGGAAGUGACAAUGAAUUGCCGUUCAGAGGUGUUGGAAGUGUCGGUGGAGGGCCGUCAGGUAGAAGAAGCCAUGCUGGCCGUCCUGCAUACUAUACUUCUUCACAGGAGCACGGGCAAGUUCCACUACAAGAAGGAAGGGACCUAUUCCAUCGGCACUGUGGGAACACAAGACAUUGACUGUGACUUCAUAGAAUUUACAUAUGUCAGGGUUUCUUCUGAGGAGCUAGACAGAGCGCUGCGCAAAGCAGUCAACGAGUUCAAGGACGCAUUGAGGAAUUCUGGAAGUGAUGGCAUUGGUCAGGUGUCUCUGGAAUUCUAUCAGAAGAAAAAGUCCCGUUGGCCGUUCUCAGACGAGUGCAUCCCAUGGGAGGUUUGGACCAUCAAAGUGAACAUUGUGUCACUAGCUACUGAGCAGGAGCGGCAGAUCUGCAGGGAGAAAGUCGGAGAGAAACUUGGCGAGAAGAUUAUUAACAUUGUGGAGGUGAUGAACAGACAUGAAUAUCUGCCCAAAAUGCCGACACAGUCAGAAGUGGACAAUGUGUUUGAUACGAGCCUGAAGGAUGUACAGCCAUAUCUGUACAAAAUCUCUUAUCAGAUUACUGACUCUCUGGGAACGUCCGUCACCACCACAAUGCGGAGACUUAUCAAAGACACUUUGGCUCUGUAAGAGCUCCUGCCUCUUCCACUAGAUUUAUAGUAUGGACUCCAUUACAUAUGUCAUAAAUUGUCCUAAAUCCAUGCCCUAUGUAUAUAUCUGUAAUUCUUACAAUAAUAAACACGAUCCUGUACAGAAGAUUGUACACUAUAUUUGAAACUUGCUAUAUUUAAUGUAGAUACCGUUGAAUAAAAAAAAAUUGGAGCGGAUUUAUGA